GUCGCCGCGCGUCGCCUCGCCGCCGUCGCCGCCGCCCGCAGACGUCGCCGCCGACGACGACAGCAGCAGCCGCAUCGCCGCCGCCGUCUCGCACGGAUGCACGCCGACCCAGCACCCCGCCGCGCCGUGCGGAUGGUCGCACGGCGCGAACGCGGCGAGGUCCCCCGCCGACCCGAGUCCGACCAGCGCGGCGUCCGCGCCCGCGCCGCCUUCGCGCGCGGCUCGCAGGAGCGACGACGUCAGCCGGGAGUGGCUCAGCGCGUCGCGCGGCGGCGACGCGCGCGACGCGGCGACGAGAAGCACGGGCACCUCGUACGCGGCGCUGUACGUCACGUGAUAGGUCCGCAGGUGCGCGCCUGAUGACGUGGACGAAUGAACGCACGCCACGUCAUCAUCGAAGAUGCCAGCAUCGUCCUCGACCUCGACCUCGACCUCGCGCGCGUCGUCGUCGUCUUCGUCUUCGUCUUCGUCCGCGCGUCUUCGGCUCGCGAGGUGCCCUUCGACGGCGAGGUGCCCGCGCGCGGCGGCGGCGGCGCGCGUCGCGUCCGUCUCGCGCACCCACCGCGCGGUGAUCCCCUCCAGCGUCGGGGUCCCGCGCGCGAGCGCGUUCCACCGCGCGGCGAGCGCGACGGCGCCGGUCUCGAACGCGCUCGCGCUGAUCGUCCCGGGAGGCGCGCCUGCGGGCGCCGUCGAGGGCGCUCGUCUCAUCAUUCGACCAGUCGUCAGGGCCGUUCUCAGUCUCGCGAAUCCGUCACCGCCGCCCGCCGCUCUUCACGCACAGCUUCGCGCGCUGCAACAGCGCCGCCUUCCCCGCGGCGUCGAUCCCGCCGCCGCUCCGCCCUUUCUUCGCGAGGAACUCGCGCAGCUCCUCGACGGAGAGGGUCUCCAACCGCGCGACCUCGGCGACGGCGGCGGCGUCCGCGCCGCCCGUCGCCGGUCGUUUGGACGCGCGCUCGAGCCCGGUCGAACCCCCGGACCUGCCGAGUCCGCCGCCGCCGCCGCCGCCGCCGCUCCCGCCGCUCCCGCCGCUCGAGCGCUCUAACCCGCUCGGCGCCGGCCUCUUCCCGAUCGCCGCCGCCGCGGACGCGCCGCCCUCCGCGGGUCGCGCCGCCGCCGCCGCCGCCGCCGCCGCCGCCGCGACGCCCCCCGGUCGCGACGGGUGCGAUCCCGGUCCCCCGGUCGCCCCGGAUCCGCUCGCGGCGCGUCCCGCGAGCUCGUCCUUGUUUCGCUUCAACACGAGCGCGCGGAUCAAGAUGUUGGUCUUGUCCGUGGUGAUGUACUGAUGCGCCGGCGGCGCGCUGUUGUGGUCGCACACGUACCGGCGCGGCUGCGUUCGCGACGGGUCCCGGGUGUGAUCUCUCGGGUCGUGCGCGCUCGGACGAUGGUGCGACGCGGAGGGCGACGGCGACGGCGGCGGGGACGACUGAGACGCGACGCCGGCUCUGCUCAUAAACCCGCCCGUGGACGGCAGGUUAUCGAGCGACGCGAGGUUCAUCCUCCGUCCG